GAGCAAGCUCGGGAUGCGCGGAUUAUCCCACUACUCUGGGUUUGAACUCAGCAUCACUCCAUCCGCGCACCAUCACAUGCACUGUGGAUUUAACGCUUUUUUCGAGGACAUUUGUUAAAGGAAUCGGAUUCUCUAUCGGUGGAGUAAUCUUCGUUAUAUAAGAUCAGGCAAAAAAGUCCCAAUGUGGCCAUUAACAUGUGGCGAUAUAAUAGAAUCAGAACCAAUAUGGAGCAUCUCUGUUUUUAUCCAGGAAGUCGACUCAAGGGAGCAUCACCUGUAAAGCCUCUCUUAUAGAUAAGUGUAUCUGAGCGGUCCAGUUCUAAUCUCAAGGCUGUUCGGUCUGGUACCCCUAAACAGGAUUUAAGAUAGCAUGUGUCAAGAGCCUCAGUGGCUUCACCUUCUUCGCCCAUAUGGUUAUCACCUAAAGGAUUUGAUGUUUCAUCAAUUACCUCCACGUAAUUCGCCAUAAAAUAUUAUUGAGGAAUUUUAUUUUGUUCAUUGCUAGAGGAUCCCUUAUAGCAUAAUCACCAUGCCUCCCCUUUGCCGGCCCAGUUGUGUACUAUUGCUGCUCAGCACCUUCCUGAGUCUUGGUUUGGGCCUGGAGUUCACUGGCUUAGAGGGUCAAUGGGCACGUUAUCUUCGCUGGGACGCCAGCACCAGAAGUGACCUCAGCUUUCAGUUCAAAACAGCUAUAUCAGACGCUCUGGUUCUCUACUUUGACGAUGGAGGAUAUUGUGACUUCCUGCUCCUGAGCAUUGAGGAAGGCAAGCUAAAGUUGCAUUUUAGCGUGGACUGUGCAGAAACCACUAUAACCUCUGGCAAGAUGGUAAACGACAGUCGCUGGCACUUUGCAACCAUCAGCAGGCACAACUUGCGAACGGUGUUGGUACUGGAUGGAGAAUCCAAGAUGGACGAGGUGAAACCGCAAAGGCAGUUCAUGAAGAUUGUCAGUGACCUGUAUCUCGGAGGAGUGCCUCAAGACAUCCGGACAACUGCCCUAACACUACCAGCGGCGAAGGAGAUGCCACCGUUCAAGGGGAUUAUUACAGACCUGGGUUACGGGAAUCAGGUUCCAACGCGCCUGGGAAGCCAAAAGGUCCGGUUAGAGAUGGAAGGCUUGUGUACGGAGAACCCCUGUGAAAAUGGAGGCAUUUGCAGCAUGGCUGACGGUGAAGCUUACUGUGACUGCUCCAAAACAGGAUAUGUAGGUCGUUACUGCAAUGAAGCUGUCAACAAAACUCCUGGGUUCGCGCAUAUGGUGAAGUCUCCUCAAGGCAGAAACAAAGCCAGCCCAGCCAUCAGUGCUGAUUAUGAAACCAUUUUUUUUGCGGUCAAAACAGAUUAA